AUGCAAAGGGAUCGUGAAGCAGCUCACGAUCGUUUAGUUGCAGACUACUUCAGUGACCAACCAAUAUACAACGAAGAUAAUUUCCGACGUAGGUUUUGCAUGCGAAGACCUCUUUUCCUUCGCAUUGUGAACACAUUAAGUGCAAGUAAUCGCUACUUUCAACAGCAUCCAAAUGCAACGAUGCGACUGGGUGCUUCAGCUGUUCAAAAAUGCACAACGGCUAUAAGGAUGUUAGCCUAUGGUUGUGCAGCUGACCAAGUCGACGAGUAUCUAAAACUUGGUGCAUCCACAUCUAGAGAAUGUCUUAAACAAUUUGUUGAUGGAGUGAUUGCUCACUUUUCCACUGACUACCUUCGUGAACCAACGCCUGAAGAUGUCCAACGUCUUCUUAGAGAAGGGGAUGAAAGAGGUUUUCUUGGCAUGUUGAGGAGCAUCGAUUGCAUGCAUUGGGUGUGGAAAAAUUGUCCAGGUGGAUGGAAAGGGUCGUGCAAUGACAUAAACGUACUUCAACGUUCCCCGGUUUUCAAUGAUAUUAUAAAAAACCGAGCUCCACAAGUUCAGUUCACCGUGAAUGGAAAUACAUACAAGAAGGGGUAUUAUCUCACUGAUGGGAUUUAUCCAAAAUGGUCCAUGUUUGUGGAUGCCAUUACUGCCCCGCAAACCGGUAAGCAAAGGUUGUUCACCGAACGCCAAGAGAGCGCUAGAAAAGAUGUAGAGCGUGCCUUUGGUGUGCUACAAGCUCGAUUUGCAAUAAUUAGGAAACCUGCUUUGGCAUGGAACGUUGAUAUGCUAUGGAAAUUUAUGAUGGCAUGUAUCAUCAUGCACAAUAUGAUUGUUGAAGAUGAGCGUGAUACUUAUUUGAAUUAUAAAUAUCCACGCGAGUUUGCCCAAGAACAACCUGAAAAUAUGGCAGGAUCAUCAACCGGAAACGCUACAACAUUCUUUGUUACACCCGGGCAUUAUGAUCCACAAAAUUUUCGUAGAUUGAUGGAUACAAGACAAGAAGUUCGUGAUAGAACAACUCAUUUCUCACUGAAAAACGACUUGGUUGAACAUUUAUGGGGAAGAUCCAGGAGAUCGUCUGUGGCGUAG